AUGGCGGCGAAAGUGGCUUGGAGUCAACCGGCGAGCGCGAGGAUGGGUCCACAGACAAGUCCGCAGACAGAGAAGCCGGGAGCACCCGGAAGGCCUCGACCGCAGCUGCUGAACUCGGAGACGGACAGCCUCUCUGAGAAGCCGUCGGCAUCAUCUCCCGCGUAUGCUCCACCUGCAGAUCCCGACCUCAGCCCCACUUCGGAGAACAGCAACAAGAUGUGGGAGGUUCCGGAGGAGGUGGACAACUCGAGGAAGAGCGCGGCGCGGUCCUCCGUGAAGUCGCGACAUUCAGACGAGGAUCACCCGAAGCAUUGGGAUGAGCUCAUGCGGGAAAGCUUCCAGGGACACCGCCAGAACGCAAGGUCGGCCAUGUCGCGAUCAGGAGGUGGCAGGUUUGAGAUGCGAUCCCUUAGCUUCGAGAGCACCAGCUCGAUCACCAAAGCCCGCAAGACCCUGAACAUCUGCGUCAACUCCAACGUCUUCAACUACAGUGUUUUCGUUCUGAUCCUGCUGAACCUUGUCAUGCUUGGUCUUGAGAUCGACCAGUCAGCUUCUUUGCCCCCGGGAGAGUCGCCGCCGUUCUUCGCGGAGAUCAACCUUGUGAUCGUUACCGUAUUCACCGCUGAAGUGGUGCUCAAGCUGGUUGCGUAUGGCUGCAGAGGAUAUUUCAUGGGCAUCGAGAAGAUGUGGAACUGGUUUGACAUGAUCGUUGUUGCUUUGUCUUUGUUCGAGGUGGUCGUAGAGCUUCUCAGCUCCAUCCUCUUCGCUCAGAUGGACGCCAACCAACUGCGAGUCAUGCGAUUGGCAAGGCUAGCACGGACUCUACGCGGCGUGCGUGUGGUGAAGCUGCUGAAGUACAUCGGAUCUCUGAGGACCAUCAUCUUCUCGAUUGUUAGCACCAUGGGCUCCCUGAUGUGGACCCUGGUGCUGCUUCAGAUGCUCUUCUACUGCUUUGGCGUGAUCAUCGCACAGUCCGUGGCGGAUUACUGCAGAGGUGGCGAAGUUUGUACCGCGGAGCUCGUUUACUACUGGUUUGGGGUGCGCAACUGCAUGCUGACGCUCUUCCUCGCGAUCACAGGAGGUAUAAGCUGGAAUGAUGCCCUGGAUCCAUUGUGGAAGGUUUCCACUGUGGCAGUGGUAAGCUUGGUGCUGUACAUCGUGAUCACGAUCUUCGCUGUGCUCAAUGUGGUGACCGGAGUCUUCUGCAACACGGCCAUAGAAAGCGCUGCUGCUGACAAGGACAUCGCCAUCAUGAAGCAGAUGCACAAGCAUGAAGCGCAAGUCCAGUCUUUAAAGGAGAUUUUCGCAGAGAUUGAUACGGACUGCUCGAACAUGAUCACCCUAGCAGAGCUGAAGGACGCCUUAAGAGGCCACAAGCUUAAGAACUUCAUGGAGUCCAUGAACAUCUCAACUCAAGACGUUUGGACCCUCUUCAU